AUCAUGUAUCCAGCUGACAAAUAUGCAACUUCAAAUGAAUCCUCACAUUAGCCCUGGCUGACGAUGACAGCCGAACAACGCUAACCGCAUGGCGAGGAGCAACGCGCUUGGCCUGGCCCUUUGUGCCAGCGCCCAGCAUAGUGGAGCACUGCUGUGGAGUACUCCUGCAGCCGAUGCGCUCCCUUCUCUGGAAUGGGCCGCUGCGGCUCAGGCGGUCGCCAUUGCUGCGACUGGUGCGGGCUCAGGAGUGUUGCACUUGCAGAAGCAAUCGCUGGCGUACGCGGCGUCAGGUCACGGGUACAUCAUUGUCAUACAGUGCGACCCAGCCUGCCCGCAAGCUGCAGUGCGGCUCAAGCUUGCUGAGCUGCUGAACGUCGUGGAUGUGUUUUUGGGCCCGGCGUACGCUGCGGCCGCCGCGGCCGCUCCGACUCGUGACGCCCUGCUGCAACGCCUGUCCCCGAACUCCGGAGACGUGCUUGAUGCGCUUGUGAAAGAGUCCAGCAGCAGCUACGACGCUCGUAGCCCGCCGCCGGCGCCUGGAGCCCUGCAGGCCCUGCUGCUCUCACGGCUGAGCGGCCUUGCAACAGCCGCAGCUGCCGCUGCCGCCACACCCGAAGCUGCAACAGAACCUCCGCACCCCGCCCACGACACAACUGUCGCCUCAGCCUUUUCUCUGCUACACCAGCACACCCAUGAGCGCUACCCGCGCAUCAGCACCCACCACGUCGACCUAACCGCCCUGUCAGCUACUGCCACUUCAACUGCCGCUGGGGCUGCUGCUACUGCUACUGCUGCCGCAGCGGUCCCGGGGGCGGGGCCGGAGCCUGCCGUGCUUUUCUCUGACCUGGUGGAGGAGGCGGCGCUGGAGGAGCAGUACGGUAAUGACGUGGCAGACAACAUGCGGUUGGUGCUGGACAUGGUGCGCCCGCCCGACAGCCAGCUGUGGACGCUCAUCCUCGCCGAGCUGCAGGGGCUCGUGGCGGGCGGGGAGCGAGAUGCGGCCGCGGCCGGCCGCGCGGCGCCGCAGCGGCAGCUGUGCAGCUUGGACCUGUCCUCGCUUAAGCCGGGCCUCACCGUCACGGCCAUCAUGCUGCGCCUGGGAGCGCCCGCACCGCCACCCGCGCCCGCCGUCGGUGGCCGGGGCGCCGGCGCUUCCGGCACCUCGGGCUCGGCCUCGGGCGGCGCAGCUGGGUCGGGCGUACGGCGUCACUGCCAUGUGGCACUGGUGCUGGUGUAUCUACUGGAGGAUGAGCGGUUGGCUGCGGAGCUGUUCCGCGGCGACGGCGGCGGCGCCAGCGCGGCCGUGCGGCAGGCGGCGUUCCGCGGACUGCCCUACAGCGUGGCAGCGGGGCCGCGCGCAGCGCCGGCGGCCGCGCGUGCCGCGCUGGACGUGGCUGCGUCGGCGUACGAGGGCGCCUUUCCCGACAGCGCUGCGCCGCUGCUAGCUGAAGCGCGCAGGCUUCCUCCCAUCGCCGCAGCUGCGGCCGCGGGAACGGGGGCUGGAGCAGGGUCAUCAAUGGCGGGUGCAGCGGCAGUACCGCCACCGCCAAAAGCGCGGGCCGGCGGCGACGUACCCAUAGUGCCGGUGGGGAUGGGCGCAGCGCGCGUCGAUGGUCGGGCAGAAGGCGGCUCACCCGCGGCCGGCCCUGCGGCGGCGACACAGCUCGGCGCGGCUGCGGAAGUUCCUUACUCACUGGGUGGCAGGCAGGGCUCAGCGACUGGCUCGGCAGCGGCAGCCACGCGCCCUGUGCCCAGCGGCGGCAGCACCACAAGCAGCGUGGACUUUGGCUACGGCCCAGAGCCAUCUGCUGCCCGCCAGAAGCGGCCGUCGCCGCUUGGCGUCUUUGGCUCCUCGCUUGGACCUGCGGCAGCGGUACAAUCACAGCCGCAGGCGCAGGCGCAGGCGCAGGCGCGGACUCCACAUGUAGCAGCUGCAGCGGCAAGGGCCGCCGAGGCGGCUGCAUCUGCGCCGACCGGAGCAGCAGCCAUCGGAUCGCCGCCAAUGAGUCCGGGCGACGGCGGUGGCGGCAAUGGUUACACGCCGAGCAGAAUCUCCGCAACGGGCACGGUGCCAACCCGGGCGUCCGUGGCAGGGGCGCCACCUGCACGUGCCUCAGCAACAGGGCUCGAGCCAACGCGCAGCUCGGUCACAGGUGCUGACCCCGGGGCGGCGUCUGUCGCCGCCUCCGCCGCAGGCCGCGGCGCCGGCCACAGCCCGCUGCUGUCUGGGGCCGCGCCGCCGGCGUGGAUGCUGGAGGCGGCAAGUCCCGGCUCCAGCACGGGCAGCUCACCAGGCAGCGGUCAGGAGGGUGGCGAGGCCGUGGUGGGCGUGAGGGCCGGCCAUCCGGGCGACGACAGCGCUCCGCGCAAGCGCCCCAGCGCUGAGCCCGUGCCCUCUCGCCGGGUGGCAGACGUGGGCGAGACGAGCAGCGGCGGCAGCAGCAGUAGCAGCUUUGGGCCUGUCAUCAUGCCAAUGGGUGCGAGUUCGCAGCCCGGGGCUGCCGAUGCACCGUCCCCCGCACUUAGCAGCACAUCCGCCGCCACUAUGAACGCUGGCCCCAUGGCGGCGACCGUCGUUACACCAGCACCAGCCGCAGCGCACUCGUCCCCGGCCCAUGCUACUGCUGCCGCUGUCGCUGCCGCCAGCGCGUCAACUGGUGUGCCUGCCGCCCGCACAGCCCCGCCGCCGCGCUCACUCCUGGGUGGGCCGCUGGGCGGUAUGUUCUCUGCGGCUGGGGCCAAAGCCGGCGGUGGCAACCUUUACAACCAAAUGGCGGCGGAGGGGGGCCUGGCGGCGCCCAAGUUGCUCAGCCCCACCACAGCAACUGGCGGCGCAGCUAAGUCGUUGGCCGCGCCUGCAGCUACAGGUGCGCCCGUUGCCGCCGCGGCCACGAUGGCGCCCGCACCCGCCGCUGCGCCGCCUGCGGCGGCUGCAGCCGCGCCUCAGCUUGCGCUGGUGAAACCGAUUGAGGCGGGCGCCGGGGCAGCUGCCGCUGCGGCUGCAGCGGCCGCUGCAGGGGCAAAUGUAGCUGUGCUACGGACUCCACAGCAGGCUGCAGCUGCUGCAAGUGCUGCGAGUUUACAGGCGUCAGCCGCGCCAGCAGUGCCGGCCCCUGUGCUACUGCCCACACCAAACUAUUCAGCAGCAGCCGACGAGGAGGCUUUCCCGCAGUUCAGCAUGCGCUCGCAGCCGCUGGCGCAAGCCCAAGCGCAGGCGGCGCUGCCGCCGCGGCCGAAGGCAGCUCCAGGCGCACCGCAGCCCAUGCGCGCGAGCGUGCCACUCCUGUCGCUCAUGCAGCCGCUGGUGGAUCCAACCAACCGCCGCAGCGCACCCGCGCUCCACGACCUCCUCGCUGCAUCCACCCUCACGGCCACCGCCACCGCCACCGCUCCCGCUCCCGCCUCCGUGUCGGGCCCGAUGUCUCGAGCCACGGCUGCCGUAUCCGAGCCGGGGGCAGAGCAGACACCCGCAUGGGCACUGGGAGCCACCGGCGCUGCGGCCGUCUCGCGCACGACGUCGUUGGGCCGUCUCGCAGCAGGCGGAGGUGGGCAGCUGCCGCCACCGCUACCGCAACAGCAGCAGGCGGCAAGUAGGGACAGCGGGGCCGGGAUGUCGCCGCCGACGGCUGCCUCGUCCUCAGGCAGCUUUGGCGAGGAGCCUUUGGAUGCGCUGCUGGGCCUGGGCUUGGGGGCAGCAAGGCGCAGCAGCGCAAGCAGCGGCAGGACUGCUCCUGGGACGGCUGCUAAUGCUGCCGCCUCGGGUGCGCGCGCUUCCAGCAGCGCUGGCUUGGUGGGAGUGCCUGUGGCAUCAGGCCAGGGCGCAAUACGGACGAGCGGCGGCGCUGCAAGUGGCCCUGGGGCUAGCGGGGCCGGCGAGGCUGCUGCGGGUGUGGUAAGCGUUAGCUCCCGGGCAGCGUCAGGCGGCGGUGUGCUGCAGCUGGCGCCUCCGGCAGAGCCGCCGCCACCGCGCCGGUCCACCCUGCGGCGCAGCAGCAGCGGCAGCAGCACCCAAAGCGCCAGCAGCGGCAGCUACAGCGGCAGCGCUGCUCUGUCUGCAGCAGUCGCGGGCGCCAGUGGCCGGUCGGCGCCGCACGCGUCUGCCAGUGGCGCACCGCCACCGUCCUUCCUCAAGCUCGGGGACGGGAAGGCUACCUCCGGCACGGCUGAGGUGGCCACUGCCACCACGGCGGGCGAGCCGCGCCUCAGCUUUGCGGGUGCAGUGUCCGGCCGGGAUGGUGUUCAUGCGGGUCAGGACCGCCCCGGCGACGAGAGCAGCGUCAGCGGUAGCGCCUCCCCAGUGCCGUCGGCUGCUGCGGCGACUGCCACCUCAGCCAGCGCAGCGGUUGAGCAGGGUGCCGCAGUGGUAGUUGCAGUUGCAGAGCGCCCGCAGACAGGCGGCAGUCGGGCUCUUGGUGCCGCGUCGUCCAUGCCGCUUGGUGGGCUCCCUGCGACUCCGGACACGGGCGACGGAGGCGCAUUAGGCGCGGGGUCAGAUGCGCCUGAUGCACCGCUUCUGGCUCCCACACUGACUCGGUCGUCCUUUGGGUGCAGCAGCUCCGGCGUGUCUGAGCACGCAGCAGAGGCAGACGCAGAGGAGCCGGACCCCUCUCAUGCCGCAGAGCAGUGUCUGGCGCCGGCGCCCGCGGUGGCCGAGGUCAGAGAGCCGGUGUCUGGCGGCCCGUCAAAGCUAUCGCUUGUUAGCUCCGAGCCGUCUGCUAGACUUGGAGCCUCAUCUGGGGCUGUGGCUGUGGUCAGUCCCGAUGCAGCUCCAGGCCUAGACACUGCUGGCGCAGCAGGUGCGUCGGCGCCUGCGAUGCCCGAAGUGCGCGUGCAGCAGCGAGGAGCUACAGCGGCGGCCACUUCCAAGGCUGCUGCAGAGGUUGUACCGGACGCUGUUGAGGCCACACCGCUUGAGGCAGCGCGGCCUGCCGCCACGGCCAGCGCUGAUACUGUUGCGCAGGCGCAAGCACUGGCCGAGCUAGAGGCAGCGCCUUCGGGUGCGUCAGCGGCAGCAGUCGUGCCGCCAGCUGUAUUUUCACCCGCGGCUGGCAUCCUGGAAAUGGCCGCGACGCCCAGUACGCGGGGAUCGGGGCCGCGCAUGGCGCUUGGUGUGCCUGGAGCUGAUGCGCCGAUGGCCGUGGCGUCUGAUGCCGCCCACACCAUGAAGCCCGCUGCGCCUGCUACUGCUGUUGCUGUAGCUGCACCAGUGCCAAUACACUCGGUGACGCCAGCAGUAGUAGCUCCGGACCAUGUCAGCCAGCCGGAUGCAUCCUUGCUGGCAGGAACGAUCCCAGCCUCCCACCGUGGCGGUGCCGUGGCCGCACGAAGCGUGUCUCGUGGUGCCUCUGGCUCGAGGGCCGGCGUGGCACCUGGAGCGACUGCGGCGCCCGGCGCGACAGACGCAAGCCUGGACACAGCUGCGGCAACAGCCUCUGGAGGAUCGCGCGGCGCGUCCGCGGCAGGAGAUGCUUCGCGACUACCGAAGCCGGCGUUGACGUUGGACAAGCAGCAGGUGUCACCGCCACGUAGGGCAUCCUCGCCUCCCACUUCCUCGUCUCCAUCUUCCUCUGGCUCCUCGUCGUCGCCCUCGUCUUCAUCCACCUCCGCCUCCUUGAGCCCAGAGCCCCAAUCCGGCAGGGACCGGAAACGUGGAGGGCCCCACGCCUCUUCCAGUCGCAGCCGGAGCAGGAGUCGAGGCCGCCACAAACGCAGCCGCCGGCAUCACAGCCGCCGGCGCCAUAGCCACCACCACCACAGGCGGCACCGCCAUCACGAGGUCGUGCACCACUACCACCACUACUCGCCCUCGCGCCACCCGCCGCCGCCGCCACCCGAGCGGCAGGUCUCCCUGCCGCCCGGCUGGCCGGUGCGGCCUCCACCCUACGUGCCGCUGUACCCCUCCUCCUCUGACCAGGACCGGGACUGGUACCGACAGGGUGGCACCAGGGCUGGGGACCAGGGCGCAGCGGCCUUCGCGGCCGCUGUUGCCACUGGUAUGCCUCCGGCUGUGUGGCCCUGGGGCUGGCCCUGGGGGGCGCCAGCACCUCCGCCAGGUAUGGCUGCACAGGUGGGCGGCACAGUGCCGGCUGAGGGCAGAGGCGGGUGGGACGGUGCUGAACAGCCACCCGCCGACUACCAGCCGUAUCCCUUGCAAGGCGGCGCAAGGCGGCGCUCCCAGGACCAAGUUGCGGCGGCCAGCAGCAGCGGUCAGGAGCAGCCCGAGGAUGAUGAGCGCGGCAAUGCGUCGCCGCCGCCGCAAGAUCUUCAGCUGGAUGCGGAGGCGGAGGCCGAAGCGGAGGCAGCGUUGCACACCGAAGCAGCCGAGGUGGAGGCGCGGACGGAGGCGCAGAUACCGGACAUGCGCCACAGGGAAAUCGUGGCUGCCCACCGGGAGGCGCUCGCGGCCAUUGUUCGAGGGAACAGCGGCGCCCCAGCCGUUGCUGUUGCAGCCGCAUCGUCAGGAGGCCGCCGCCGGGGCGUAAGCAGUGCAGCUGCUGGCGCCGAAGGCUCGCUUGCUGCUGGAGGCAGCCGUGGGCCGGGUCAGGCAAGCGCCAGGAGGGGCGCGGCGCAGCGCCUCCUGCCUGACGCGCUGCGUGCUGCCACGCCGCUCGCUGCGUUCAUGCUGCCGCUGCGGGAUGCCGUGAAGCUGGCUGCUGAUUCCGUCACCGGCGCCCGGUCCGGCGCCCGGGCCGUGGCAGCGACGCACCGAGAGGCCGCUGGCGGGUCCGCAGAGCACGAUCGUGACCAGGCAGCAGCAGGUGGCGGGCGGGCAGGAGCAGCUUCCGGCACAGUGGCGGCUGGCUCUGAUGGACAGGCGGCUCUGGCGGGUACGGAUCUCGCUUUAAUCGCGGCAACGGCAGCCGCAGCCGCAGCUGCUGCGACGGCAGCGGCUAUGGUUGCGGCGCCCAUGCAGCAGGCCCUGGCAGCACUGAACGCCACUCGGGACGUCACUGCUGCCGGGGCAGGGGGCAUCCGUCAGCGCACACAGGCAGCUCAAGAGGUGGGUGGCGUGGCCUCACUGCGAGCCUCCAGCGCCACGGCCCCCUGGAGCCUGCCGCCCGACGGCUCGCCCACACGGCCGCCAUCCCACCUUUCAUCACCGGCCGCCAGCGGGCCGCCCUUCUUGGGGUCCCCCAUUGGCAGCCCGGCAGCCUCAGCCGGCGGCCCAUGGCAGGCGCCUCACCACCUGCAGCACCAACCACUGCCACCGUCGUCACCUACAUCGCACCCGCCGUUGCCGUCGCCUUACGCGGCUACACACCAGACGUACCAAGUGCCGGCAGUCUGGCCGGCGCCAUACCCGCAGCCUGCCCACCCCAUCUAUCCCCAGCCCCACCAUCCUCCACACCGCCUGCACCAUGCCUACCCGCAGCCGCCUCAGCAGCUGCACUACACAGCGCAGCACCCAGCCUUCCACCCACACCCAGGGCGGUCGCACCAACGCCUGCACGGGCAUCAUCACCUGCGGACCGCUGCCGGCGGCGGCGGCGGCGGUGCGGCGGCUGGGCGUGCGGCCGGGGCUGCAGCAGCUGCUGCUACAGCCAGUGGGGGGCGACAGCUGCUGCUGUCUCCGCGGCAGCAGCACCAGCUGUACGUGGAGCUGCUACAGCUGCAACAGCUGCAGGAGCAGCAGCAGGCGUCGGUGGUGUCACAUGCCGCGGCCGGCAGCCCCCCAAUCCUACAGCGCGGUACUCCGCCCGUCCAGCUGGUGUCGGCUACAACGCCCCGCUCGGGGCCCAGCCACCGCCCGUUGCACUCUCAGGGAACGCGCGUGUCUCCUGCCAGCGGGCAGCACCGUUACCCGCACUCCAGCCGGAUGCAGGGGCUGGCGCACGCGCAUCCUAGCUCGCGCCAGCAAGGCAGCGGGGCUGCUCCUGCUCACGGCAGCGCAUCCGCACACGAGGCCGCGCCGGCAGCCAGCGCCGUUGCCAGCACCGGCGCGAGUCCCCUACGCGCCUCAGCAAAGAAAAUAGCGGCGGUCACUCCUGCAAGCUGGGAGCACAACGGCAGUGGCAGGGGAACCCCUGAAGCGGCGGCUGCCCAGCCCCGCACGCCCCAGCACAGCACGCCUGGCUCAGGCGGCAAGCGCCGCGACCGCGCCCAGCGCCGACAGGCGCCCGGCUCAAUCAGGGUCCGCUUGACGCAGCACGAGUUGACCCCCACUCGCCUGAGCAAGCCGCGGCCCGGCACCACCGCAGCCAGCUCAGGAAAUGCGACGUCCGCCACGGAAAGCGGCAGCAGCGGUGCAACGGUGCCUGCAGCGCCCAAGUCCGCCGCUGCGCCCUACGGCACGGUUGUGCCGUGGCUGCGGCUGAUGACCAACACGGCAGCGCACGCGCGCAUUGAGCGGUCUGACGCUCUGGAGGUGGAGGCGGAGGUGGUGGCUGCGCUGAUGGCCUCCGCUGCAGCGGCGGCAGCAGCGGCGGCGGAGAGCCGUGCCCGCCACGUGCGUGAGCAGGUGGCGGCUGCCCUCGCCACUGCAGGCCAUACCGCAACCGGGCGGGGGCCCGGGCAACAUCCGGCGGGCACAACUCGCUCAGAGGGCCGCCCCCAGCCGCACCAGCCAGUGGCGCUGGCACGCAAGGGCGCCGCCAUCGCGGAAGCUGCUCUCAUCCAUGCUGUCGGCAGCGAGCACUUGACGGCGCCGUUGCCGCACGUUGCCGUGCUGCGGGAGACGCGGCGGCAGCACCACGCCAGGCACGCAUUGCUUGUGUCCGCGCAGUUGCAGUCGCAGCCACAGGUGAAGGCGCCGGAGGUGGCGGGCGUCAGCAGUGCAGGCGGCGUCCAGUUGCCGUCGCGGCCGGAGCAGCAGCCGGAGAGGGAGCAUGAGCGGCUGGCCCCCGGCAAAGAGCACAGCCUGUUGGCGGAGUGGGUGCAGCACGGCGAAGAGAACCAGACCCGGAGCUUGAUCGAGGAGCGGGCGGCUGAGGAACAUCAGCUGCAACUGCGACGCCAGCAGGAACGGCAGCAGCCGCAACGGCCGCCACAGCAACUGCAGCAGCAGGGCUCAGUGGCUUUGUUCGCAGACUUCAUGGCCGCACCCGGAAGCCGCAGCAGCCGCGGCAGCCAGUCUUCCGGUACGCCGUCAUCCGCCUCAGCGUCUACGGCUGGGGUACGGGGCGCUGCACCGCCCGCUUUGGGCCCGACCGGGGCCCGAGUGGCACCAACGCAAGCCGCGUCACAAGUGGUGGAAGGGGAAGGCGUGCAGGGCUCUGGCUACGCCAUAGCGGCGCCGGCUCGCAGUUCUUCAGCUUCGGUUCACACAAUCAGAACCACAGGUGGCAUCCAGGCGCGGAGCGAGCGUGUGCAAGAAAUGCUGGCGGAAAAGGAACGGCAGCAGGACCGGCCUCAGCAGGCACGUGUUGCUGUUUCGGAAGGGGCACGUGGGAGUGCCAAAGAGUCACUGGCGUUGUUGUCGUCUGUGGCCCAGAAGCUGGAGUCGUUGGCAAGCGCACAGUAGGCUGACAACUUAGCCGGUACAAGAUACGGUAGUGGCGGCAGAGAGGUGCAGGAAAUACCGGUAUCAAGUUAGGUCACGACAUUCAUGGGGGACUGCGUGCAUUUGCCAGCAAUGUGCAAAAGCACGCAUGAAGGUCAGGCGCGUACAUUUACUAACAGCGUAUAACACGAGCUACAGGGACGUGCCUGAAUGCCUGACCAUAACGUGACAGGGUGAACAGAGUUCAUUCAUCCGAUCGACAGUGGCGUUGAAGCAAUAGUUGAAGUGCGGGGUCCAAGAAGCUUGACGUUUUGACGAGCAGGUGCUGCCUUCCGCCUAGCGGCAAGCGUGGGGGCCAAAUCUGUGCCGCGUUUCACGUGUGUGUACUGGAAACGCUGGAAGCUAAGGAUCUACUUGCGGGGCAUGCGGUUACGUUACGACUGAUAGCUGGGUCCUGGCAAUCCGGGCACGCGCAAGUCACUGUAGCCUGGAUGGCACAGGUGGUGGUCGUCAACACGCCAAAGUUACGUUCCCGAGUGCCCUUUUCACAUAAGCAGUGGGUUGUGGCCUAUGCUAUGCCACUCGUCACGGCUGCUGCGACGGGCGAUACAAAAAA